AGAGGAGAGCACACUGGGUGGGAAGGAGAGCAGCAGGGCGCGCGCAGACUGGACGGAGCAACGUGGGCGAAGGGGGGAGAGGGUGUCUCUAGCGCGGCUUUGCAGAGGGCACCGCGGGAUCUUGCUCGCUCCUGUACGCUCCGCGGCGGCUGUGCAGAGGAGGAAAAACCGGCAUGGAGCCCAACAGUCCCCGCAAGAUCCAGUUCACGGUCCCGCUGCUGGAGCCUCAUCUCGACCCGGAGGCGGCGGAGCAGAUCCGAAGACGUCGCCCAACUCCAGCUACUUUGGUACUGAGCAGUGACCAGUCAUCACCAGAAAUUGAUGAAGAUCGGCUCCCCAACCCUCUGCUGAAGCCGGGACUGUCGAUGUCUCCAAGGCAGAGGAAGAAGGUCUCCCGCACCACCCCCACCAUGAAAGAGCUCCAGAUGAUGGUUGAACACCAUCUCUGCAAGCAGCAGGGGGAUGAGGAGGAUGUCAGCACUGGGAGCCAGGAGCCACACAGCCCAACCUGCUGCCCUCAUCAUGCCACCUCAGAGCCUGGCCACAGUCCCGGGAGUUGCCCUUUGGCCCAAGCCCAUUCCCAGCUGGAGACUCAGCAGGAUGAGCACAUUGCCCUAGAGGAACGAAGUGUCACAGGAGCUUGCUGCGCAGAGAGAUCUAAUAACGUGAGGCCAGACUUGUCCUCAGAGAAGCAAGGAGUCCAUAUAUCACUGGAGAGCCCCAUGGAGAAGGACAUGCUGGCCAAGGACAGUGACUCUAGCUGUUGGGAAAAAGAGGAUGCAUGUUUUCAGCCUGCUAUGUUUAAACCACUUCAUUUAAGGCAAGGUGAUGCUCUGCUUCAGGAAUGGACGUUGCAUCCAAGCGAGACAGGGCUCAGGCCUGCUUAAUGGAACAUCACACAGCUGUUUUCUUUUUUUUAAAAAAUAUUUUUUUUGUUUUUAAGAUUUCAAUUGCUGUUCAAAUGUUUGUAAUGUUUUUCUUUAAAAAAAAUUAAAUGCCCCAUGGCCAAGGGGAGGGGGGUUGUCCAUUCAGUUUGGGGCUUAGGGUCAUGUCUUAGGUGUGAAGUAGAAGAAUGUGAAUCUGCCUAGAGCACUAGGGAGGGUUGUGUUGUUGUUUUUUAGCAGAGCUGGAGGAACCUCCAUGUUGUACAUUUUUUACACUAGCCUAGUUCUCCAGAAUAGCAGUGUACAAAGUCUUAUGCCUGGGGAUGAACCACUUUAGACUUGGGGGGUGGGGGAAGAGAUUCACAUGGUUGAGUACUCCACCUGCACAAAAUAGUUGUCUCCUUAUCAAGAACUACAGAGAAGUCUACCUUAGCUUUUUCUCUGACAUGCCAUUUUUCUACAUACAAAUAUUUUGUUGUUGUUGGGUAGAGCAAAUUUUCAAUCAUGCAAGUUUCCACCUGCAGUCUGAACUAAAAAAAUGGGUUUACUAUUAUUACAUACACUGUGAGACAUAUUUAGGCCACCAAGUAGGUUUUAUUCCCCUACGCCUUGUUUUGUACUGUGUACGAUGAUGUUUUCGUAGCAGUCUGAACUGAUUUUUAAAACUUUAUAUUACUUUCUGCUGUGGCCAUAGUUUGGUGCAGGCUAGGAAAACCUACAGCUCGUCCUAUUGUUUUAAUUGUGAGCCGCCCUGAGUUCCUCGGAAGAAGGGCGGGGUAUAAGUAUUUUAAAUAAUAAAUAAUAAUAAUAUUAUGUUUUGCAAGGAAACUAGGAUGGGUAGAACAGGAAUGAGUAUCCUGUGGCCCUCCAGAAGUUGUUGGACUCCAUCUCCCAUCAGCACCAGUCAGCACGGCCAGUGGCAAGGGAUGAUGAGAGUUGGAGUCCAACAUCAUCUGCAGAGCCACUUCCCUUAGGUAGAGGGUAGCAACUUGGUACAGUGCACUUUGGGACACACACAACUGAGCCCUACUCAGUUACACAGGUGUUUAAAUAAGGGAGUCUUCUCUGUUAUUUAGGGGUAGGGCCCUGUUAGUUGCAAUUGUUACUCUUCAGGCUACUCAUCUAUUCCAAUUCUGCAAAACAGGAAGCCUCUUCAGUCAUCCGCUCUUCUAAAAUAGAGGGGAGAACCUCCCCCCCAUAUCAUCCCCGGUGGCCACCCUUGGGAAGAAGGGCAGGAUGUAAAUUUAAUAAAUAAAUAAAAUAUCUGGAGGGCCACAUAUUCCCCAUUUCUGUUCUGAAAGCUUCCUGCCUAUCAGGCGAGGGGAAUCUGAACAAACAAUAGCCUCUUCUUUCUUCCUUCUCCAGCAGAGCUGUCCUGUGUUUGAGAAUGACACCAUACAAUAGUGCCUUCUGGGAUCAAAGCAGGUUUGCCUCCCUUGAAACAACCUAUAAGCCUGAAUAGUCUGUGCAUAAUCUCCAGUGUUUGUCACAUACGAAAAAUCAAGAACACUUAUUUUCUGGAAUAUGUGAGAAACAUAGUCAUGAGUGCUUGAAACAGCUGUCUAUUUUUUUCCUCUUCAUGCAAGCCAGGCUAUCAAUAUUUUAAAUUUUCCUCUUGAAAAACCGAAAACACAGUGAAGGCUUCCCUAUCGUAAAGGAACCAGCUGAAAGCAGCCUAGACAAGGAGUGAAGGACAGCUCAGUGGCUGUUAUGGUGGUGUUUUAAGCUGAAGCCUCAGUAUGACGUGGGCCCUUAUUCUGUCAGCCUUCUGUAACCUGGUGCCAGUCAGCUGUUGUUGGACUCCAACUCCCAUCAGCCCCAGCCAGAAUGGGCAAUGGGCAGGGAUGAUGGAACUGUAGUCCUAGCAACAUGCGGAGGGCACCAGGUUGAGGAAAGCUGCUGUAUGCCUUUAUUAACAUAAUCAUGACUCCAACCCCCAAAGGGGGUAGCUGUGGCCUGGAUGUGUGUGUGUGUGAGUUCGUGGAGGUCCAUCUACUUAAUUAGUUAUAAGUCAUAUAUUAUGUAUCCCUGAAUCACUGACACAGAUUUUACAUAUCUGGACCGCCAUUCUGGGCUCUCUUCUCCAUCAUACAUGCGAAUUCCACUUCUUUAUUAAAUGGGUUCUUUGCUUUGG